AUGAACACCAACGCACUACGCAAACUCACCCGCCCUCAAAUUCAAAAGCUCGCCACGCGUGAGGGCAUCAAAGCAAUUGGCAAGAAGGAAUACAUGAUAGAACAACUGCUGAAGAAGCUCCCAAAAGGCGUACCUCCGCUUGAGGCCAAAGAACCGGCAGUUCGCAGAUCUGCCCGUAUCAACCAGAAGAGGAAAAGAAUAGAGGAGGUAGACGAUGCAGAAGAGACCGACGCUGGUAGAAGGGUUCGAGCGAAACUGUCCGACCAACGCGGCUCGCGUAGACCACCCGUCGCGAGUCGAACACCAAAAGGAAAGAAACGGGCGGCACCUACCAGAGACGAGGAAGUGGAGAUCCCGCCACCACAAACAGAAGAGGCCGCCAUGCCGGAGCGUCGUCCACAAACGAACGACGCUCCUUUGCGGGCGAUCUUGCCGGACGACACGUCUCCACCGAGACCGAGGAGGACGAGGAAAGAGCUCUUUCUUUGA